AUGGCCGACAAGAUUGCUCCCGGGCACCUGGAGAACCUGACCGCUGAACAGGAAGACAAGCUCCGUCAACUCUGGGACGCUGUCCUCAAGGUAUGCGGCGUUUCAGACGCCAAAGAUGUUGACGCGGUGCCGGCGAGUGAUGGAAAAUUGACUUCAGAUGCCCAAGUCGACAAAAAGAAGCGCGGUUUCGGUUUUUUUAGAGGCGCGCCCCAGCAGCCAGCCGCCGCCUCUUCCGGUGGUACCAAUACUACUACUGACUCAGCACAUGAAGACAAAUAUGGUUUGACCAAGCAGUAUCAGGAAAUCUUAGCAACCCAGAAGCCGGAGGAGAUAAGAGAGACAAUGUGGGCAAUGAUGAAGCAAGAUCAUCCCGACGCGCUGCUCCUACGCUUUCUGCGCGCCCGCAAGUGGCAUGUUGAAAAGGCGCUCGUCAUGUUGAUAUCGUCCAUGAACUGGAGGUACACGAAAAUGAAGGUUGAUCAAGAUAUCAUGAAAAAUGGAGAAGCCGGCGCCGCUGCCGAUGAAAAAGCUGGGGAUGCGCAUGCAAAGAAACUAGGCCACGACUUUCUCAAACAAGCUCGUAUGGGCAAAAGCUUCUUGCAUGGUACCGAUAAAGAGGGCCGUCCAAUCUGUGUCGUCAGAGUCCGCCUACACAAAGCUGCCGACCAAUCUCCCGAGAGCUUGGAGAGGUACACGGUCUUCCUCAUCGAGACUGCUCGUCUUACACUGAAGCCUCCCGUUGAUACAGCGGCAAGUUGCAACCUUCCCCGCCGGCAAGUUACUCAACCGGCUAACAUCAGCAAUCAGAACAUCAUAUUCGAUAUGACUGGGUUCGCUUUAGCCAACAUGGACUAUCAUCCCGUCAAGUUUAUGAUCCAGUGUUUUGAAGCAAAUUAUCCCGAAUCUCUGGGGGUUGUUCUCGUCCACAAUGCACCGUGGUUGUUCCAAGGCAUCUGGAAGAUCAUCCGUGGCUGGCUGGAUCCAGUUGUGGCUGCCAAGGUCCAUUUUACCAACCACAGAGCUGGGCUGGAGCAAUACAUUCAUCCAAGCCAGCUCAUUAAGGACCUAGACGGCGAUGAGGAUUGGAAGCUCGAGUUUGAAGAGCCCAUUGAAGGUGAAAAUGACUUGAUGAAGGAUACCAAAACCAGAGAUCGACUGCUGGGGGAGAGGGAGGCGUUGUAUGCACAGUACGAAGCUGCCACUCGACGUUGGAUAACACACGCCACUGGCGAAGAAGCUGAAGCCGAUAAGGCCGAGCGAAAUCAGAUUGCUACAAAGCUCAGGGACGGUUACUGGCAGCUCGACCCGUACGUAAGAGCCCGGUCUCUGUAUGACCGACAGGGAGUCAUUCGUUCUGAUGGCGACGUCAAUUGGUAUCGAAAGACUGAUUCCAAGUCUGGUCCCUCCAGCGACCUCGGGAGAGAGUGA